UGCGUCCUACACAUCUCUUCUCCCUCGUCCCACCUUUAGCAUCAUGUCGCAGGUCCUCGGUGUCAUCGUCGUCGCCCGCAAUGGCGACCGCACCAAUCUCUACCAGGACCCCAAGUCCUAUGUGGCGUCGCUCGCGGAGACCACCGCUCUCGGCGAGGUCCAGUCGCACCAGCUUGGCCAGCUGCUCCGCCGCACGUACUUCGACCCGUCUUCGCCCUCGUACAUCUCGGGCAUCCGCAGCGACCUCGUCGACAACAACGAGGUGCAUGUGAGGGUCAAGGCAGGCACGGCGGGCACGGUCGUCUUCGACUCGGCGAUCGCGCUCCUGCAGGGGCUCUACCCGCCGACCGAGAAGAACAAGAUCGUGCUCGCGAAUGAGACGACCAUCGUCGCGCCGCUCGGUGGCUACCAGUAUGUGCCGGUCGAGACCGUCGAGCCCGGAAACGACCGUUCCCUCGAGGGGUGGACGGCCUGCCCUAACUUCCAGAAGCACGUCGACGAGUUCCACAAGUCGGAGGAGUUCAAGAAGAAGGAGAAGGAGGCCGCGCCGUUCUUCUCCGCGGUGCGCGACUUCGUGUUUGGCCGGCCGACGACGCUGGAGAAUGCGUGGAAUCUCUACGACUACGUGUCGACGCAGUACACGCACAACCGCACGUACGCGUUCCGCCUGCCGCCGAGGCUCGACGAGCAGUCGCGCGCGCUCGCCGACUGGCACGAGGCGGGCGUCUUUUCCGACAAGGCGCCCAACGGCAUCGGCAAUGUCGCCGGACGCACCCUGUUGCACACGAUCCUGCGCGCCCUUGAGCGCGUGUCGUUCAACCACGAUCCGCUCCAGUUCCUCCUGGUCGAGACCUCGUACCAGCCGCUGGUGUCGUUCUUCAACCUGACGGGCAUGGCAAACCAGCACCAUGAGCUGAAGGCGAUUCCCGACUUCGCCUCCGCCGUCGCCGUCGAGCUCCGUCGCGGCGCGCCGCCCGACAUCCGCGACUUCCUCCGCUUCCGCUUCACGAACGGCUCGGCUGGUUUCCACGACGUGCACCCGUAUGGGCACAAGGCGGACAUCCCCCUGACGGAGUUCAUCUAUAGGGCGGAGGGCUCCGCCAUCUCGAGCAACAAGCAGUGGAUGCAGGUCUGCGGCGCCAAGGACCUCGGCGGGCACGGCGGCGAGUGGACCGUCGGGCCCAACCUUACCGCGUCCGGAGCUGGUGCCUCCGCCUUUGGGUUCUCCGACGCCCCCGCCUCCGCCUCGGACUCGUGCGGCCUCGACCUUGGGCGCGCGCUCGGCUUCGAGCAGGCGCAGGACUGUGGCUUCGACCUCGUCCCGCUGCUCGCCGGGUUCGCGGUGGCGAUGCUCGCGCUGACCGCGCUGCUGUUCGGCCGCAGGCGCCUCGCGAGGCAGGCGGUGAGGCUGGAGGGCGAGGAGAGGUGGGAGGGAUACCGCGACGCGAAGGAGGUGCAGGUCGUUGUGCCUGUUAGCCGGGCUUGAGGAGGGAGGAGAGAUCCAUCGCCAGAGACGCUGGGCAUCAUCGUACAUACACGCGGACUCGACUAGGCGCCGGCGCUGGGUGAAGGUGUUGUUGUUUCUUUU